AUUCCACUGGGAGUGUUUUCCAGAAUAUGUUUCCCAGGAAAUGUGUGUGAUUAAUAAAUCAGAGGUGUAGAAGAUCACAGCCACUGCAAUACACUGCAAAAUUAUAGGAUGCCAAAAUCACACAACAGGAAACUGUCUCUGUGCCAGGCGCUCACCCUCAUCAUGCUGCUGGUGUCCCCGGUCUGCCUGUUGUCCCAGCAACCUCAGAGGAGACGUGCUGGUCGUUCAUCUCGAGUUCCACGACAGCUGCUUUAUCAAAAUGUCUGGGCUUCGUGGAGCGCCUGGUCUGAGUGUUCACGCUCCUGUGGAGGAGGAGCAUCCAUACGCAGAAGGACCUGCAUCAUCAGAAACCCAGGUCCAUGUUCAGGUGAUUCCAGGCAGUAUAAAAUCUGCAACACUGAGUCAUGUCCUCCUGGAACUCUGGACUUUAGAGAGCUGCAGUGUAAAGUGUUUGAUGAUCAGCCUGUUGUUGCUGGAAGCAGUUUUCAGUGGACCACAUUUCACGGAGGCCCUGACCCCUGUGAGCUCAGCUGUUUGGCCCUCAGCUAUCAUUUCUACUACAACUUUGGACGAGUCCUGGAUGGCACACCCUGCCCAACAGAUCCCGAGGCCGUAUGUAUAAACGGCAAAUGCCUGAAGCCAGGGUGCGACCUGAUUUUUGGCUCGCAGCAGCAGGAGGACUCCUGCAUGGUGUGUGGAGGCCAAAACACCACGUGCCUUCAUCAUUACAGUGUUUACCGUGACAACAGCCAGGAGAUUGGGCUGUACGGAUACAAUGAGGUCACCAUGAUCCCUGCCGGAGCGACCCACAUCAGAGUGACUGAUAACAGCAAGAACUAUUUAGCUCUUCAGAAUGGACGCUCCCAGUUUGUGAUCAAUGGGAACUGGAAGAUCAGUGUUCCAGGGGAAUACAGCGUGGCUGGAACCAAACUGGUGUACCGUCGUUCUGCUGAUACGUGGGAGAGCUUUGAGGUGCCUGGGCCAACACAGGAGGAUCUGCACAUUAUGGUUCUCUCCACUGAUAAGAACUCUGGAAUUGAGUAUGAGUACUGGCUUCCCCCUGAUUUGUACGCCCAGUAUCACGGGAGGGCGAAUUCACAUCAACAGCACCACCAUACAUUAAACUUUUUCCCAUGGGUACUGCCAACAUACGCUGCUACCACUACUACCACUACCACCAGACCUCCUGUAAUACAACCUAACAGAGGAGGACGACCGGUGAGGCUUCCCUCUGAGCAGCAGCCGCUGCCUCGUCUUGAGCGAGAUGGGAAGAGUAACUAUGUGCCCCAGACGCACCGUACAGGUUACUGUGGUAAAUGCAGGAGGGUAAAAGGGCGCGGUGAGAGACAGAGGCAGUACUGCCAGAAGGAUUUUGUUUUCCGAGCUAAGAUCGUAGGGAAGAUGUACGUCGGCCAGGAGACCCGGUAUGACGUCCAGAUCAUCCACACGUACCGCAACCGGUUCCGGCUGGAACGGCGGGAAUACCUGUGGGCGCCCAACAGGUGUGACUGCCCCUCGCUGGAGGAAGGUCACCAGUACGUGCUCAUGGUCAGACGACACAUUAACUACGAACACACGCUCGAUCGUAUUCUGCUGGAGGAGGACAGCUAUGCUCAGCCUUACCGACCCCGUGAGGACAGCCUGCUGCGUCCCAUGGAGAGCUUUUGUAAUAACAGAGGAGAUAGAACUUACCGCACAGGGUAGAAUAUCCACAUUUAGCCUUUAGGCUUCAGUUAUUGUGUGUUUUAUAUAUUUAAGUCUCAUUCCAGAAGGAGAAAACCCACUACCUUUUAAAAUGAAACUUGGCACCCUGAGAUGAAUUGUGGUUAUUAUGGGAAUCAGUGGGUAUAAAAAGGAACUUACCGAUGUUAUUCUCACUAAAUAAAGCACUUUAGUUGGAUUUUAUUACCUACCUUUAAAAAGCAUAUACCAAAGAAGAACAUAUUUUAUUAGUAGUUUGUAGUAUUCCAGGUAUUUUUGCCUUUCUGGAUUUUUAAAAAUAUAAAUAAGUGCAUUUACUGUUUUUUUUUAUUUUAAGAUUUUGUUAUAUUAUAUUUAUAUAAAUAUGAUUAGAAAUACCUACAUUUAUCUACACAUUUUGCUUUAUAUACUGUAUUAUUUCUGUAUGUUAUGAUGCAAAUAUUUUG